GUGACUUGACCCCCAAAAUAGGAGGAACCCUUUUGAAGUUUGUGAUCGCAUAUCGAUAUCGAGCUUUGUCGCGUCUUGCCAAGAUACCUGGAGCUUGGAACCGCCUAAGGAGACCUGUUCAUUUGUGUUUGGAGUUUCUAGUUCAAUAGGAUACCCGUUCAAUAUAUUGAAGGCUAAAUAUGGCGGAUGACAAUCCCUUUGCUGAUCCUGUAAAUAUCAACCCCUUUGCAGACCCUGCAGUAACGACUGCAGCUACCAGUGUCCCUCAGACAGAAGACUAUAAUCCAUUUGCUGAUGAGCCUAAACCUGUUGCAGAGCCAGAGCCAAUCAAAUUGCCCCCUCCCCCGUCGAAGGCUGAGGUGAAGGCAGCAAAGGAAAAGGAGAAGAAGAAAGAAAAAGAAAAGAAGCCAAAGGCAAAGCCUAGAGCGACCAAUCAGUUUAGUGAGCCAGCUAUAAUGGAACCUGACGACCCACCAGAGUACACCCCAGCUCCUUCAUCAUUUGAAAAUGACAAACUGAGAAAGAAGGAAGAGGAGAUUGCCCGUCGUGAAGCUGCUCUACACGAAAGGGAACAGAAUAUCGAGCGAUUAGGGUCUGGGGAAAGUCCCAAAAACUUCCCACCCUUUCCCAAAUUCUGCCCGUCCCCUUGCAAGCCAUGCUUUUACAUCAGUGUCAAGAAUGAGAUACCGCCUGCUGCCCAUUGGAUGAUAUACCUACUAUUAGCUCUUAUGCUCUACUUGUGGGUGAUGCUCGUCGUCAACCUAAUACUAGCCAUAGCUGGGGCAAUAACAAUAGGAUCCACUGGUAGUAGCACCCAGCUACCAAUGUUCCUGACCACAAUGGGUGUGGCCAUCGCCUACCUCAUCCUCUUCUGUCCUGGUUCUUUCUUCUGUUGGUUCCUGCCCGCCUAUUAUGCUUUCAGGAAGGACAGCUCACUGGCUUUUAUGUGGUUUUUCUUUGCAAUGGCUUUCCAAGUGCUGAGUUUCAUCCUGGGUGCCAUUGGACCUCCUAGUCUCGGAGCAUGUGGUUGGUAUCUUGGAGCCCUGUUGUUUACUCCAAAAGUCGAUACGGCCGGUGCCACUGGAGGUCAGAUUGCCGUGGGGGUCAUGUACAUCAUCAUGGGUUUCCUCUGGCUACUAGCAGUGAUACCUUCAGUCGUCCUCAUUUUCACGGUUCACAGGUACUUCCGCACUUCAGGAGGCAGCAUUAACAAGGCUGUUACAGAGGGUGUAUCUGGGGCAGCCAAGAACAAAGCAGUCAGAGGGGCCAUCAAGUCUACCGUCAAAACUGGAGUUAAAACUGCCAUGGCACCAGACGAUAAUUAGAUAAACUGAGGGCGUAAUUUAGUGUGUCUUGAUAAAAUAAUAGUUGCCGCUUUGUAUUUGUGAUCUUCAGUAUAUACGAAGAUGCGUGCUUUAGUUCCCUAUCCUUUAUGUGUUUUCAAGCUGUCAGUGAAGUGCAAAUUAACAGUUUAAAUUAAUAUUGUUGCCUUUUGA